AUGAGUGUAGAAUUAUGGUUCGAUACAGACAGUGAAGACGAGGAGGAAUAUGCUAAUCUUGCAGUAGAUCGUCGGCGCAUUAGAGAUACUUCCAAUCCGUUGGAUCAAACUGAAAAAUCUUUUAUUCGUUUGUUCAGGGUAUCCAAGGAGAUUUUUAAAUACCUGCUGGAUAUAAUCGAUUCGAAAAUCAAUCCAGUACAACUAUCUACAUCAGUUCCUCCGACGAUCAUGCUGGCAGCUUCCUUGAGAUUUUUCGCGGAAGGCAACUACCAGAAAGGCGUAGGAAAUGAUAGAUUUAUCGGAUUGGCGCAACCAACGAUGUCAAAGGUGUUGCAGCUCGUUUUGGACAUUAUUGAAACUGAAGUCUGCCAAGUUGCAAUUCAGUUUCCAUCCGAAGACCGCGAAAUAAAUGCGAUUAAACUUGGUUUCUACGCUAAAACUGGAUUUCCAGGAGUAAUCGGAUGCGUAGAUGGAACUCACGUAAGCAUCAUACCUCCAGCUCGCGACAAGCACCUGUUUUACAAUCGUAAAGGAUUUUACAGUCUAAACGUUAUGUUGGUUUGUGACCAUAACUUAAUGAUUCGGUAUCUCGAUGCGAAUCACCCAGGCUCCUCCCACGAUUCAUUUGUAUGGAAUGGUAGUUCGCUGAAUCAGUUACUAUCACAGAGAUACGAAAACGGGGAGAGGAACUUCUGGUUACUAGGUGAUGCCGGCUACCCUUUGACGCCAUUUCUUAUUACCCCCUUUCGUACGGGUACAAGUACCACUGAUCGACAGACGAGGUUCAAUGAAGUGCAUUCCAAAACUCGCAUCACAGUGGAAAGAUCGAUUGGAGUGGCUAAGAAUACUUUUCGAUGCUUAUUAGGAGCAAGACAGCUAUAUUAUAAGCCUGAAAAAGCCACGCAAAUAAUAAAUGUGUGUGUUGCUCUACACAACCUUCGCAUAAAGCAUAGAAUGGAUUAUGACGAGCCGGAAUUACAGGAUGGAGAAGGGGACGCAGAAUUACAUGGUAUGGAUGGAAAUCAAACUGAUGCGUUUAGGAUAAGAGAAGAAAUCAUGAACAAUAUUUUAUGAAUGCAGCCAAGUUAUUUUGAGCAUCAUGUAAUAAAACUAUA